UGUUAGCUAUUGAAGUUUUUUAAAAAUAGCUGUUUGAUUGACAUGCCUUGUCGAAGUUUCAAUGUUAAAUAGAUCUUUUGUAUGACAUUUAAAGAACGAUAAUGUGAAUUCUUACGUAACAGAGGCUGCAACGAACAUGGAAUUUAAAUAAGGUUGAUGUUGAGAAAGAGUUAAUAAAUCAAAAUUUGAUUAACAUGGAUAAACAAGUGAUAAAUUCUUUUUUAUGAAGUAAAAUGGUGUCAGUUCUUUUUCAAAGCGGAGGAAUACAUGCUGGUUUUAAUAUAGAUAAUUUACUUGAGAAUAAAUCAAAAAUGUCAGUCUUGGGAACUGAUUUUCAACACAACACUGAGUCAGCUUUUAAAAGUUUAAAAAGUGCCUCAAAAGACUCAAAUGGUAAUGACCCACCACUACAUACUGCGAAUGGAUAUAACGUGAACGCUGGAAGCAACACAAAUACCUCAGCACAUCAUGGUCAUAGGGAUAGUGAUUAUUGUGCGCAAUGUUUUGACUCAUCGCCUUCUCAAAUUCACGAUAAUUUGUUACACAGUAUGAGACCAUAUGAAAUGUCAACACAAAAUAUAUCUAAUAUAAAUAAUGUGAACAGUGGAAGUCUAAUAAGAUCUGCGGGUCUUUCGACCCAUCCGUGGUCUUUCAUUGAACCAUCCACGCCAAACAUACAAACACAUGAUUUACGUUCUCACCAUAAUCUUGGCAACUUUGGUUUAAAGUUUCAUAACAGUUUGAUGCAAUUGGACAACAUAUCUAAUCUUUCAAACAUUCAAAACAUGGCCAGUAUUGCUAAUAACUAUUCCCCUUUUACAAACCUUUAUUCGCCGAUGGGUCAAAACCAGCUUGCAUCUCAAGUGGUUCCCACCAGAUUGGAUCACGGGGUCGCUGGAUCCGCCUUCACGUGGCCAUCGACCCGAGGGGCAGGGUUUCUAACCCCUCGUUGUUCGGAUACAGGGCUAUUUAUGCCGUCUUACAGAAAACCUAAACGUGUAAGAACUGCCUUUUCCCCAACACAACUUCUCCGGUUGGAACAUGCAUUUGAAAAGAACCAUUACGUCGUUGGACAAGAGAGAAAGGAUCUAUCAGCCUCUCUUAACUUAUCAGAAACGCAAGUAAAAGUCUGGUUUCAAAACAGGCGGACAAAACAUAAAAGAAUGCAAGCGGAGGAAGAUAUGACGUCAUCGUUUUCGAACAGAUAUAUUCCAAAUGAUCGUCAGCGUAAUACUGGAAGUACUACGCCAAGUCUUGAAGAUGUCAUUAUCGAUUCUUGACGUCAUCAUUUAUGACGACAUCAUUUGUUAUGUUUUGAUGACGUGUUUACGCAUUGUGUGAUAACUAUUUGCUACUGAAAAGGUGAAUGUAAGCACAAUACGGCAGACUUAUUAAACUAAUGUUGUUUAUUGUGAACAAAAAUAUUAUUAGAGCUAACUGUAUUUACAUUUGAUAAAAUGACAGACAAUAAAAUUUGGUGCUAUAUAAGGUAGAGAGAAGUAGGGUUAUACCGACCCUUUAAAGGUAGAUAUUCAAAUACAUGUAAAAUCAUUUUUUUCACCUAUGGAAAGGAUGGUGUUCAAGUUCAUUGUGUACUUUUUGUUUCUGCAUUUACGUUUCAUCAUAUGAUGGUUUGUUGUACAUUUUGUAUAUAUCUAUAUCUGAAUUAUUUAAGCUUCUAUUGCACAUGUUAUCUUUUUCUACUUUUGUAUUGUAUUUAACUAUUUAUUAACACGUUUAAUACCUAUGUAACCGCAA